AUGUCCCACUGUUUCACCAACAGGAAGACAGAGGUGUUGAAGAACUUCCUGAAGAUAGACUGGAAUGAGGAGGAUGACAAUGAUGAUGAUGAUGAUGAUGAUGACGAUGAUGAUGAUUUGCUGGGUCAUUACCCGCUUAAUCCAAAUGAACUGGGCAUGAGCACUAGGAAGAGAGAGGAGCUGGUGGACUUCCUGAAACCAAAAUUUUUAACCAAGAAUAUGUACAGUUGUUUUGAUAACAGAGAUCUCCAAUCGCUUGAUGUAUUUCUGAACAAAGCCAUGAAGAAAUCUCUCCAGAGUAAAAAUGGCCACCUGGACCUGUUUGUUCGCUUCCUUCAUGGCCUCUCUUUGGAGUCCAACCAGAAUCUCUUAAGAGGUCUGCUGGGUCAGACAGAGAUCAGUUCAGAAACGAUCCAGAGAGUCAUCAACCACCUGAAGGAGAUGAACAGUGAUAAAAUCUCUCCUGACAGAAGCAUCAACAUCUUCCACUGUCUGAUGGAGAUGAACGACCUCUCAGUACAUCAGGAGAUCCAAGAGCUCCUGAAGUCAGAGAACAGAUCAAAGAAGGAACUCUCUGAGAUCCAGUGCUCAGCUCUGGCCUUCAUGCUGCAGAUGUCAGAGGAGGUUCUGGAUGAGUUGGACCUUCAUAAGUACAAAACAUCAAAGCAGGGACGACUGAGACUGAUUCCAGCUGUGAGGAACUGCAGAAAGGCUCGACUGAUUCAGUGUCGACUCUCAGAGACUCACUGUGAAGUUGUGGCCUCAGCUCUGAAGUCCAACCCCUCCCAUCUGACAGAGCUGGACAUGAGCAACAACAACCUGAAGCAUUCAGCAGUGAAGCUUCUGUGUGCUGGACUGGAGAGUCCAAACUGUCGACUGGAGACUCUGGUGUGA